GUCUGGGAGUCGGAGAGAGGCAGCAGCCGCCGAUCCAGUCCCCUCUGCGUCCGGCCACUUCCAUGGAACCUUCACCGGCCCUUUCGGCGGCGCAACCUUCUCAGUCGGCGGAGCUCGACCAGGACCUUUCGCCGCCUCCUCGUGUACCGGUUGCACCUGCUCUUUCACCUCAAGAGCCGGCGGAAACAGAACAGGGGCCGACGGAACUAGUGGCGCCACUCCCUCCUCCGGCACAGGACACGGAGACGAAACCCCAAUCCGAUCCGGUGGUGGAAGCGUUGCGCCUCAAGUCCCUGGCGGAGGAUAAGCUCCGCUCGUCAUGCCUCAGGUCCGCCAUCAAGUACGCGAAGCGCGCUGCCCGGCUUGUACCCGAUCUCGACGGCAUCUCCCAGAUGGUCGCUGCCAUCAAAGUCCUCCGUGCCGAUUCCUCCGACCAUUACAAGGUGCUUCGCCUCCCACCUUUCUCGUCGCCGUUGGCCGUUCGCAAGCAGUAUAAAACCCUAUCCCUCGCUCUCCGCCCAGACCAUGCCGCUGCUAGCCUACCUGCUUGCGCUGAAGAUGCCUUUAAAUGCGUCACCGAAUCUUUCCGAGUCCUCUCCGAUCGCUCCCUCAAGCGUGACUACGACCUCCGUCUCCGCCUCUCCCUUUCGUCCGCCACCGCCACCGCCACUAAGGAUGGGAGAGCGGUCCCUCCCUCCACCUUCUGGACUGCCUGCACCACCUGCCGCCUCCUCCACGAGUUCAAACGCAAGUACGUUGGUUAUCGCCUUGUGUGCCCUAGCUGCCGCAAGAGUUUCCUUGCAGUCGAGGUCCCCGGUGAUGGUGGAAAAUCCUGCGCCAAUGAGAAUGGAGUGAAGAUCGAGGAGGACAGCGUUAGGAUAACACAUUCGAGGUCCAAUACUAGGUCUAGGAUUCCUCGAUUCCCACAGCCGUUGGGGGAUAAGAAGAGGAAAACAGAGAGUCCCACCUCUGCUGUCGCAAAGACACCCCGAUCAAGACCAGAGAAAACUUUGGCAGAGAUGGUGAAGGAGCUGUGGAAGUCAAAAGAGAAGAGAAAGAGUGGGGGCGCAGGCAUGGAUGGGGGUAAAGGAAAGGAAGCUGUUUUGGGGCCUGUGAAACAAGAAUACGAGGACGUGAGCCUUAUGGCAGUGGAGGACUCUGAUUUCUAUGAUUUCGACAAAGAUAGACUAGAGAAAAGCUUCAGGAAGGGACAGAUUUGGGCUAUAUACGACGAUGAUGAUGGGAUGCCUAGGCUUUAUGGACUAAUUGAUGAUGUGCAAUCUAUACAUCCUUUCAGAAUGAAGAUGAACUGGUUAGACAUUCAGAACAAUGGGAAUGGAUCUUUGGUGUUAAUGGAGAGGUCUGGAUUGUGUAUCUCGUGUGGACAGUUCAAGUUGGGCAGGAGUGCCGACAUAAAUUCUGUCAACUUCUUCUCCCAUUUGGUGAACUGUGAGAGGGCCGCACUGGAGCUUUAUAGGAUUUAUCCUAAAAAGGGUUCUGUAUGGGCUCUUUAUGGAGAGCAAAAUGCAGGGGAAGAGGGAAGAUACUAUGACAUAGUUGUGUGCCUCACCAGUCACAGUGAGGUUUACGGGUUGAGCAUUGCCUUUCUUGAGAAGGCGAAAGGGUAUAAGACAAUAUUUAAGAGGCAAGAAAUUGGAUGCCAUGCAAUCAAGUUCCUUCAAAAACACGAACUGAAGUUGUUAUCACACCAAGUACCUGCCCGGAAAAUUUCAGAAGCUGAAGGAUUAGAUCUCCAAGGAGAUUGCUGGGAGCUGGAUCCUGCUUCACUUCCUCCACAUUUACUUAAAAUUUGUUGUGCUUGACAAUUGCAAAAAAACUUUUUGGACACUGGCUGUGCGAUGCUUCUGAAGGAAAUGCAAGGGCAGGAUUCUUUCAAUUGCUGGAAAAGGCUUGAUGGAUACUUUAUGAGAUCCCACUUGAACUAAUAGCUGCACCAUUGUUGUAAAGGAUGCUGCUUGCUAUUGAGAAUGUUACAAAGCCUUUGAUGGAGCUCAUCCUGCAUCUAAUCUCCUUUUGAUACCCUGCGUGUGUUCAUGAUCUGUCACAGAUGUUAAUGUUUAUGAUAUUCUUAACUUUGAGCAAAUCAAGGAAGCUGCAACUAAGCUUCUCGUCAAGCCUAUGAUUCCAAAUUCAAGGAUUCACUUGUACAUUCGUGUGUACACCCCAAGUCUGAUUGAUCUGGUUUUUUGUUAGAUCAAUCACUACUCCACUUGUACCCUAGUGUUCUGUUUUGCUUAUGCUAAUUGGCUAUCUGUUUUGACUACGUUAUUGUGGAUGCAAUACUCUGUUGGUUCUUUAGUGUACGCAUUUGUUCUAUCUAUUUAUUUCUUAACACAUUAUAUUAGCCCCUGGACUCUUCUGACCGCAUUUCAUGUUUUGCCUUUCUAUCUGUCGGAAAGUAAUUUAUUCUGGUCAGUGAAAAA